AGUGUGUGUUGUGUCUGUGAAACUAGAGAGAGAGAGAGAGAGAGAGAGAGAGUUCCAUACUCUUUUUGUGUAGUCUUUGGGUCUUCGCGACUUUCUAAACGUCUCGCUUUUCCUUUCCCAUCUCCCUCUCCCCCACCCUGUCUCAUUGCCAGGUUAGGGUUCUUCUCUCUCUACUCUAGCAUCUUAAGUCCUCUCCACCUCGAUUCUCUGCUGUCCUCAUUCCCUUCACCCAUCUCUGCUCACUUUUCACUUUACUCCCAAAUUUUGCACAAAAUCUCCCAUCCAACCUCAUCAUUCACUUGAAAUUCGCUCGACAUUUGGUCUCUUUUAGGUCCGCACAAGCUCUGUGUAAGCUCGUUAACUUCUGUUCCAAGGUUCAGUUUUGUUUCCUAGCUGAAUUCAAAUUGGACGUAGUUUUACGCGCAAGUGAUGAGACGAGGCUCGUAGUAAUCAAGUGAAUUGAGGAGAAAGGUUGAGUUUAACACAAUGGGGCUCAAGAGAUCUGCUAUAAGUUGGCUAAACUUGGAGAUCUAUGUACACUUCUAUGUGUGGUUUGUUUUGGUAUCGGCUGCGCGCAAUUCGCUGGGAGAUACAAAUCCAGCCGAUGUUGCUGCAAUUAACAAUUUAUAUAUUGCACUUGGAAACCCUCCCAUUCCCGGAUGGGUAUCUUCUGGUGGUGAUCCAUGUGGUGGUGCUUGGCAAGGAGUUGAGUGUAACAACACAAAUAUAAAUUCCAUAACCCUUAAUGGUGCUAAUUUGGGAGGAGAGCUAGGUGAUAACUUGGGUUCAUUUUCUUCUAUCAGAACGAUAUCUCUGGAAAACAACCACAUUGGGGGUAGUAUUCCUUCAAAUCUUCCUGUGACCAUGCAGAACUUUUUUCUUUCAGAUAACCAGUUUACCGGAAGCAUCCCAAGUUCUUUAUCCACUCUAAUUGAACUGUCAGCUAUGUCUCUGAAUGCCAACCAAUUAACUGGAGAAAUACCUGAUUCCUUUGAAGGGCUCAUUGGAUUGAUUAAUCUAGAUUUAUCGAGCAAUAAUUUGAGUGGGCAACUCCCAACCUCAUUCGAGAAAUUGUCAUCUCUAACCACCCUUCGUUUGCAGAACAAUCAGCUUUUUGGGACUCUUGAUGUUUUGCAAGAUCUUCCACUCCGAGAUUUGAAUGUUGAAAAUAACUUGUUCAAUGGACCUAUACCAGAGCAGUUGCUAAGCAUUCCGAAUUUCAAAAAGGAUGGGAACCCAUUCAACACUACUGUUGCUCCAUUACCUUCACCCACAUCCCCAACAACAUCAGUUCCAACCCCACCGGUUGCUGGGGCACCGUCGUCUUCUGGGUCACAGUCUUCUGGACAAACCCAUGGGAAAAAGGCUGAUGGGCCAUCUGCAUCAGAGGCAUCAAAUUCUACAAGCGCUAGAAAGUACUUAACUACUGGGAGGAUAGUUGGGAUAUCAAUCGCUUCGGCGUUGUUAUUUGUAAUAUUGGCAUUAGGACUUUUGCUUUUUAUGCCAAGGUGUCUGAGAGGAAGGCGAGACGCUGAUAGAAUUUCCAAGCGGCAUGAAGUAGCUCCUUACGUGAACAUUAGAGAUAAUCCCAUGGAUGGUGGAUCACUGGUGCAACCAAGCAAUGAAAUUGAGAAAGUUCCCAAAGUACAAGUUCUAAAGCCAAAGGAGGAUCAUCAACCAGGGCCAAGAAGGACAAGCUUGAUUCCUAAACCAUGGAAUGAGUCUGAGCCAAAUGUGCAAAGAAUGAGCGGAAUACCAAAAAGCAAUAAUCAUGCAAUAGACAUGAGAAGGUUUGAUAUUGAUUCAUUGCGUCCACCGCCUCCACCACCACCGACGCUGCCUCCUCCUCCUCCUCCACCACCACCACCUCAAUUUGACAAGGUUAUUGUAAAUCCGAUUGCACCUGCUACAGCAACUACAGAGAGGCCUUCCACCCAAACUCCUCUUCCUCAAAUUGCUGUGAAGUCUUACACAAUUGCAUCUCUUCAACAGUACACAAACAGCUUUUCUCAAGAAAAUUUUAUUGGGUCAGGCAUGCUAGGAAAUGUAUAUAGGGCUGAGCUUCCUGAUGGAAAGUUACUCGCUGUUAAGAAACUAGACAAGAGAGCUUCCAGUCAGCAGAAAGAUGCUGAGUUUCUUGAUCUGGUGAACCAUAUAGAUCAAAUUCGUCAUGCUAAUGUCGAGGAGCUCAUGGGUUAUUGUGCGGAGCACGGGCAAAGGCUUUUGAUCUAUGAAUAUUGUAGUAACGGGACACUGCAGGAUGCUUUGCAUUCAGACGAUGGAUUCAAGAACCAACUUAUGUGGAAUACCCGCAUACGGAUGGCCCUUGGAGCUGCAAGAGCCCUAGAGUAUCUACACGAGGUCUUUGAGCCACCUAUUAUCCACAGGAACUUCAAAUCUGCUAAUGUUCUGCUGGAUGAUGAGCUUUCUGUACACGUCUCUGAUUGUGGUUUGGCUCCUUUAAUAUCAUCAGGCUCCGUUAGCCAGUUGUCAGGAAACCUCUUAACAGCUUAUGGUUACGGAGCUCCAGAAUUUGAGUCAGGAAUUUGUACCUCCAAGAGUGAUGUUUAUAGCUUUGGGGUGGUGAUGUUAGAACUCUUAACGGGCAGAAAGUCGCAUGACAGUACACGGAGUCGAGCGGAGCAAUUUCUGGUGAGAUGGGCAAUCCCCCAGCUUCAUGACAUUGAUGCUUUGUCGAGGAUGGUUGAUCCAUCUCUGAAAGGAGAAUAUCCUGUUAAAUCAUUGUCACACUUUGCCGACAUUAUUUCCCGAUGUGUUCAGCACGAGCCUGAGUAUAGGCCUCCAAUAUCUGAAGUUGUUCACGACCUCCUAGAAAUGAUACGGAGGGAGUCUCCUCCCAGGUCUGGUAGGGAUUGACUUGCUUUAGGCAGUGCAUCCUGGUAAUCGAAACUGAAUGAGUAGUGAAGAUGCAGAGAUUUGAUUUUGCCAGAUAUUAACCCAGGAACAGACAUGUAUGUAGACAAGCUGCAGAGUUGACCCCCCUGCUAACACGCCCCUGAAUUCAUACAACCAGAAGCAUGUCCGGUGGAUAUAUCACUGAAAUCAGCUGCAGAACCUUUGUUGUCAUCGCUUGUCGCUAGCCUUCUGGUCAAUUUUUCAAUCAUUGUAACUUCAUUCACACUAUGGAAGGAUGGUUAUGCAUAAAAAAAGAGAGGUGCUAAUCAAGUCGCUGAAUAAUCAUUGUUUGUGAAUGUCUUUUUCCUAAUGAUAUGAUGAUUUGUUUAUUUUAAUU